AAUUAACAAAUUGGAUCAGUAACACGUCACCCAACAACACAAAAGUGGUGUACGAGUCAGUUACACACCCCCACCUCGCUUUAAGUCAAUGACCGACUAGAAGGAACCGUGUGACUGUUUUCGUAUUUUUGUUGAGCAGAAUCGGCAAAUCAGAGUAGUCAUGUCUGACAGGAAGGCAGUGAUUAAAAAUGCAGACAUGUCUGAGGAGAUGCAGCAGGAUGCUGUUGAGUGUGCGACACAGGCUCUCGAGAAGUACAACAUUGAGAAAGACAUUGCUGCCUACAUUAAAAAGGAGUUUGACAAAAAAUACAACCCCACCUGGCACUGCAUUGUGGGAAGGAACUUCGGUAGCUACGUGACCCAUGAGAGCAAGCACUUCAUCUAUUUCUACCUGGGCCAAGUGGCAAUUCUGCUGUUCAAGUCUGGCUGAGACCAAGCUUAACCUCAUCACCUGGCCAUAUAUGACUGACUGAGCAUUCCUGUUCUAGGACCCACCUUCACCUGGCUGCUUUUUGUGUUGUUUUAAGACAGUGGCUAUGUAUAAGGAAGAAAGGAGUAUGGAGCAUGUAUUUAUUUUUGCUUUCUACACACCAAUUUAACGUUUUUUAAUAAAACGGUUGUUUGGCUCAGUGAA